UGUACUGUAACGCACUACGUGUCCCCUGCUCUUUGGCUCUUUGCUGGUAGUUUGUCUGAUAAUUUCUCCCGCUGCCGGAAAACCUUUCCAUAUUGUUUCCCUAAUCCGACGCCGUCCAUAAGGCAAGGGAUUGACUGAGUCUUUCGUUGUGAAAAUAUGGCUGGGGCUGCGAAAGCCAACAUCUUCCCGUUCUCCAUACCCGUGCCCAAUAUCCCUGCCUCCUCUUCUUCUUCAUCUUUCUCUUCAAUUACUGUCUUCGCUUCCAACUUCCCUCACCGUCAUGGACCUCGUCCUCAUCGGAAACCCUCGUCCCCUCUAAUUACCGUUCAUGCCGCCGAAGGCAUUUCCAUCUCCAGGCCCAUGGCCGCCGCCAGCACCGCGACCACCACCGAAGCCCCUCCUCCUCAGCGAAAGGAAAAGAAGACCGAGUCGAAGGAGCGCGACGCUAUAUCUAUUCUCAACGAAAGGAUACGCCGUGAUUACGCAGGCAAGAGAGAAGCUAAUUCGAGACCCGUUAUGGAUUCCGAAGAGGCUGAUAGGUAUAUUCAGCUGGUCAAGGAGCAGCAGCAGAGGGGUUUGCAGAAGUUGAAAGGCGGAGGAGGAGGAGGAGGAGGGGAAGGCGGAGAAAAUAAUAAGAUGGGGGCUUUCAGCUACAAGGCCGACCCCUACACUCUCCGCUCUGGAGAUUACGUCGUCCACAAGAAGGUCGGCAUUGGACGAUUUGUUGGGAUUAAGUUCGACCGCCCCAAAGAUUGUACUGAGCCUGUUGAGUACGUCUUUAUAGAGUAUGCCGAUGGAAUGGCCAAGCUCCCUGUUAACCAAGCCUCCCGCAUGCUCUAUCGCUAUAAUCUCCCAAAUGAAACUAAAAGGCCACGAACCUUGAGCAAAUUAAGUGACACUAGCAUGUGGGAAAGGAGAAGGGUAAAAGGGAAGGUUGCUGUUCAGAAAAUGGUGGUUGACUUGAUGGAAUUGUAUCUACAUAGGCUAAAGCAACGAAGGCCUCCUUACCCGAAGAGUCCUGCCAUGGCUGAAUUCUCAGCUCAAUUUCUCUAUGAGCCUACACCAGAUCAAAAGCAAGCUUUUAUUGAUGUUGAGAAGGAUUUGACAGAGAGAGAAACUCCUAUGGACAGAUUAAUUUGUGGUGAUGUUGGGUUUGGUAAAACAGAAGUUGCAAUACGUGCUAUAUUUUGUGUGGUCUCAGCAGGAAAGCAAGCUAUGGUACUUGCACCUACAAUUGUUUUAGCGAAGCAACAUUUUGAUGUUAUUUCUGAGCGGUUCUCAAAAUAUCCUAACAUCAAGGUUGGACUCCUGAGCAGGUUUCAGACCAAAGCAGAAAAAGAGCAGUAUCUGCACAUGAUCAAACAUGGAUAUUUGGACAUUGUUGUCGGCACUCAUGCACUUCUUGGCAGUCGGGUUGUGUAUAAUAAUCUCGGCCUCCUUGUAGUUGAUGAGGAACAGAGAUUUGGUGUCAAACAGAAGGAGCAGAUCGCUUCAUUUAAAACUUCAGUUGAUGUUCUCACGCUUUCUGCAACACCUAUACCGAGGACCCUUUAUUUAGCAUUGACUGGGUUUCGUGAUGCUAGUUUAAUUUCAACACCACCUCCUCAAAGAGUUCCUAUAAGAACUCAUCUUUCAGCAUACAAGAAACAGAGGGUAAUAUCAGCAAUUGAGUAUGAGCUGGACCGUGGUGGCCAAGUUUUCUAUGUUCUGCCUCGUAUCAAAGGACUUGAAGAAGUGAUGAAAUUUCUUCAACUUUCAUUCCCAGAUGUUGAAGUUGCUAUGGCUCAUGGGAAGCAAUACUCAAAGCAGCUUGAGGAAACUAUGGAAAAGUUCGCACGAGGAGAAAUCAAAAUUCUCAUAUGCACAAACAUAGUAGAAAGUGGGCUUGACAUCCAGAAUGCUAAUACCAUCAUAGUUCAGGAUGUUCACCACUUUGGCCUUGCCCAAUUGUAUCAGUUGCGUGGACGGGUGGGACGGGCAGAUAAGGAAGCUCAUGCACACUUACUUUACCCUGCCAAGUCGCUGCUUUCUAAAGAAGCACUGGAGAGGCUUGCCGCCCUUGAAGAGUGCCGUGAUCUUGGCCAAGGCUUCCAACUUGCAGAAAGAGACAUGGCGAUAAGAGGCUUUGGUAAUAUUUUCGGUGAGCAACAAACUGGAGAUGUUGGAAAUGUAGGCAUUGAUCUCUUCUUUGAAAUGCUUUUUGAGAGCUUGUCUAAGGUUGAUGAACAUCAUAUUAUUCCAGUUCCUUACCAAUCUGUAGAGCUCGAUUUGAAUAUAAAUCUUCAUCUACCUUCUGAGUACAUAAACUAUUUGGAGAACCCCAUGGAAAUAAUUAAUGAGGCUGAAAAGGCUGCUGAAAAAGACAUAUGGAGUUUAAUGCAGUUUACACAGAAUCUGCGCAGUCAACAUGGGAAAGAGCCUUACUCAAUGGAAACUCUACUGAAAAAGCUUUACGUGAGAAGAAUGGCGGCAGAUCUAGGGAUUUCAAGGAUAUAUGCUUCAGAAAAGAUGGUUGGCAUGAAAACAAACAUGAGUAAAAAGGUCUUCAAGCUCAUAACAGAUUCAAUUGCAUCUGAUGCCCACCUAAAUUCUCUGGAAUUCGAGGAUGACCAAAUUAAGGCAGGACUUCUUCUGGAACUACCAAGGGAACAGCUGCUCAAUUGGAUAUUCCAAUGUUUGGCUGAACUUCAUGCUUCACUACCAGCUCUGAUAAAAUACUAAUGUCCUACCCCGCCCUUUCUUGACCAGACUUUGAUUUUUUAGAGGCUUCGCUACAUAGCAACAAAAGGAUAAAGGGAGAUGAAUAACCUGUGUCUGUUUUAACAGCUACGGGGUGAUCCCCCUGGAUGUGAAAUCUGGGGAUGCCCUUGUACAGCUCACAUUGAUGUACGUUGAGUUGGCAUAACAAAGUGAUAUCCAAAACUAAACAUUCUUCCAGAAAGGUGGUGUCUGACAAGGACUGUAUGUGAUUGUCCAGUGCCGGUGUUAUGUAAAUGUGAGGCCUAUCAAUACAAAGGUAAAUGAGAAUGCAACACUGUUGUUUGUUGAAGCCCAGUGUUCUUAUUGCCACUACCUUAAAAAUGCCAUCAUUCUUGUAGACAUGAAGUUGCACAUGGCGUACGUUUCAAGUUUGGAAUUCCGUUAAGGGCUAUCAACUUUUGAGGGGCUGGUCCAUAGAAGCUUUGUCUCGGCUUUAGAUGGGUCUCCACAACUGGACAGUGGGAUUGGUUCUUGAGAGAUUAGUAGAAGUGUGCAUAAACUAAUCAAGACAACCUGAGUUGUCAAAAAGAGAUUCAUUGUUUUUGCUAGACGGGAUUAUCUCUUGCUCCAGUAGGCUCUUAUUUCGCUUCUUAUUGUUUGGAGUUGUACUUAAACUUGGCAAAUGUAUUCCUUGCAGGU